GUUUGAGCUUUUCUUUUGGACUAAAAGAUGCUCGCUGACUUUACUUCAGUCAUUCAAGGUGGAGAAGACGUGAAGAAAGACGAAGAAGAAGACUUGCUGUUAAACGAAAAGGCAUCUGUACCAACUGGAUUAUUAGCAAUACGGGUGUUUGGGUGUUCAAAUCUCUACCUGGACAAGCAGAUAAUUCCAGAUCAUUAUGGACUGUAUGUAAAUAUCUCUGUUGGAGUCUCCUCUAAAAUUACAUCUGUCAAGUCUUGUUACAAAAAAGGAAAAGUCAUUUGGGAUGAAAUCAAGAACUUUUCUAUUCCUGUGUCUAACAAAAUAAGCAGUGGACUGAACAACGUCUGUAUAGCUGUUAUAGGGUUUGAUAAACAACAGGUCAGACCUAAAUACAGAGUGCUGGGAAAAAUUGAUUUUCACUUGCACAAGAUGGUGAAGAAACUAUGGUCAAUAGAUACUUUUGAAUUGCAAAACAAGAAAAAGAGGUAUGCUGGUGAUAUAAGCAUAGAAUUUGCUUUUGUCUAUGGAACUUUUGGAUAUGGAUUAUCAAGUCAGAUAGAGAAUAUUCACUCACCAAAAGAAAUGGUUAAUCAAAGUGCAUUUCCUAGACUAGAGCCACCAGAUACCACACUGAAUGUUUUAGGAGUGUCAUGCAUACCCAGAAAAGUAACGCAUCCAAAAUUCAUUCCAUUUGCCACCAAAGUCUUGGAUUUGGAACCUGACAUCAGUCCAACCUAUGGAAUGAGAGUUUUCCCUCAAGAUAUUUUCAAGACACGUCACACAUUGAACCAAAAGAUGACCAGACUGAAACAAAAUUGUGCAGAAUACUCUUUACUGAGCAACAGAGUAAAAAGAAUCAGCUACCUCAAGAAGAUGAUGUCAGAAAAGGAAACAAAACACAGUACAUUGAAUCAGAUUUUCGAACAGGAAAGCGACUCUGAUUCCAGUGAAGAAAGGUCCAACAUUGGUGCAGAAACAACUGUAGGUUUGUCAGGAGCUCUAGCAAAGACGGCUAACAUGGCAUUCCUAGCUGGAGCACCAGGUGUAAUGCAGCGACGCAAUGUACGGCCAAGUGUUGUACCAUCAGAUACUGACCUUGCUAGUGAGACAAACCAACAAUGGAUACUCUAACCGUUGAGACUGGAGGUUUACGUGGAUUAUUGGACCGUGUUCUGUCUUUCAGUAAGCGCUCACAAACGAAACUUCAAACUCAGAGUGCCGAGGAAGACACUCAGGAUACACAAGAGGUUGAGGUACCCGAGGUUGCAGUUUUAGUAGACUCUCAUGGCCGAAGAAGGGGGAUGCAAACAGAAAACAUACAAGGCUUA